AUAUAUAGAGACUACAUUAUUGUUUAUCAACAUUGUCAUUCUCCAACAAGCAAUAUGGUUUACUCAAAUUCAUAUAUGUUUCUUGGUAUUGGAGUUUUUGUUAUUCUCUCUUCUCAUGCUUUAGCUAAUCAUUUGGCCUCUGAGCCCCUUAUUUAUGAUCGGGUACAAGAUGACAUAAAGGGCAUAGAUUACGUGAAGGAUCCAAAAAAUAAUGUUUAUAAAAUGCCUCCAGAGCCCCCUACUUAUCCCGAAAUUAAUGGAGAGGCAUUGGAUGACCAAAAGGUCGACCAAGAAUACGUGAAGGCUCAGGCAAAAGAAGAGGCAUUGGAUUUGAAUGAGCAAAAGGUCGUAGAAUAUAACGCACAAAAAAUUGAAGAGGCAUUGGGUGAGCAAAAAGCCCUAGAAUACGUGACGGCACAAAAAUUGGUUGCGUGUGAAAGUCCUCCUAAUCCACUUUCGAAUUCUAAAAUUAACGAAGAGAUAUUAGAUGACCAAAAGAACCAAGAAUACGUGAAGACUCAUAAAUCUGAAGAGGCAUUGGAUGAGGAAAUGGUCCUCAAAUAUCUUAAGGCGGCACAUAAGUUUGCAGAAGCAUUGGAUGACCAUAAGGGCCAAGAAUAUGUGAAGGCUCAUAAAUUUGUAGGGGGAGAAGGAGAUGAUGAUGACGACGAAGAUGAUGAUGACGAUGAUGAUGAUUAUGAAGAAGAAAUUCUUCAGUGCUUGAAUUGCUUACAUGCAAGAAAGCUAGGCAAGGAUCAUGAGAAAGAUGAAAGUUUUGGGAAUGAAAGGUUUAGUUCGUUGGGAAGAAGGGAGAUAGAGAGAUCUGCUUGUGAAAGUCCUCCUAAUCCUCUUACUGGUCUCAAAAUUAACGAAGAGGCAUUGGAUGACCAAAAGGACCAAGAAUAUGUGAAAGCUCAGAAAAUUGCUGCUUGUGAAAGUCCUCCUAAUCCCCUUACUGAUCACAAAAUUAAUGAGGCAUUGGAUGAUCAAAAGGACCAAGAAAUUAACGGGAAUGCUCCAAAAAUUGGUAAGGAUGAUAAUAUUUAUUUGAAUUUUACUCGUUUCAUUGAGUUGUUAAUAAAGUUGAAAAAUAUAAAGAUCAUGUAAGUCAACUACCUAUAAUAAAUUAUGCAAGU